GUUCCAAUGGAACCCUCCGGGGUCAUUGUUGCGAAGCGCGUCACGGAUGGAAUCCGUGCGCGAGCUCCGUCAUUGGCCGCGAGGCGCGCCGGCACUUCCUGGACUGACGGGAGGCAUUCGUGCUCUGCAAACCUCCCCCGCCCCCGAUCUGGGCGGCGGUCUCAUGUGCAAUCCUCGCUAUUAUUCACCGGAGAGUGAAAUAAGACUGCAUCUGAUGUAUGCAAUCGGCGGAAGACGGUCAUAAGAAAAAAAAUAAGUACACUGGAAAGGCGGAGUGGGGGUGGGAAAAUGUUGACAAUCGGCCGGUUGUCCUGGGAGAUCCGAGUGUCACUGGGCGCUGCUGUUGUGUUUUUGUCCAUGGUCAUCUGCAGGAGUUUGAGAGACUACUUUGAUCAAUCCACACUGCUGAAGUUGUUCCGUGUGCAGUUUCUGCUGUUUAUCAACAUCCUCAUGUCAAUCGGAUCGCGGUACAUCUGGAAGAAGACUGUGUCGAACCUGCAGACUUUCUGGACAAUCUCCUGCAAUAACGCCAAGUGGUUUACCGGCUGGAAAAUCACUGUUACGGUUUUUCUACUUCUGGCUCACUCCAGUUUCAUUUCUCUGCUGACUUUGGUGUCAGAGGAGCCGCACAUCUUUUCUCUGGUCUCCUACUCCUGCCUAGGAAUCUACGUUUUCCUCAUUUUCAGUCUGUUUGUGUUGGGGCUGCUGGAACAGGCCCAGGGAUUGGUCACAUUUAGCCGGGCGCCCUCGUCCAAUCACAACCGGAACGCUGUUACCGUAGCCCUGGCCCUCUUGUUUACGGUUGCUUGCACAGUCUUAGGGCUCCUCAAUGCACGUCAGCCUCCUCUGAUCAAACAGGUGGAGGUACCUCUCCCCAAGCUACCUCAGUCAUUCCAUAAUUUGAAGAUAGUUUUGUUAGCUGAUAUUCACUUAGGGCCUACAGUAGGAAGAACCAAACUUGAAAUGGUGGUGAAGAUGGUGAAUGAUCUAAAUCCAGAUGUCAUCGUGAUAGUUGGUGACCUGACUGACUCCCAGGUGGUCAAUCUCAGAACAGCUACAGAGCCUCUCAGACAGCUGAAGCCAAAAUUGGGGACGUACUUUGUUACAGGUAACCAUGAUUAUUACAGUGCUGAUGUCACCAACUGGUUGAGGCAUCUGCAGUCUUUAAAUAUCCGGCCUCUCCACAAUGAACAUGUCAAGAUUUACAGCCCCAGUGGGAACAAAAACUGGUUCUGUCUGGCAGGGGUCGAUGAUGUUGAAGCAGAAAUGUUACGGUAUCCUGGACAUGGUAUGGACUUGAACAAAGCAUUGGAUGGCUGCAGUACCGAAGAUGUGAUAGUUCUGUUAGCACACCAGCCAGUAGCUGCCAAACGCGCCCUUCAAAGCAGACCAGAUAUCAGCCUGGUUCUCUCUGGUCAUACCCACGCUGGACAGAUUUUUCCUCUUGCAAUUGCUGCCUAUUUUUUGAAUCCAUACUUCGAAGGUCUUUACAAAACUGCUGAGAACAGUUUAGUGUACGUAACUCCUGGGACAAUUUACUAUGGGAUUCCAAUGAGACUAGGAAGCAGAGCAGAAAUAACAGAGCUCAUUUUUAAGACUGAAUGACAUUACUAUCUUGCCUCUGUUUUUGAGCCAUGACUGGUGUGUGUUGGGCACCUGUAAAGAAUAAGUAGGUAAUUAACUUGCUUGUAUGAUGACUGAUAAAUCAUCAAUUAAUUGUUUUGAAGAGAUCAAAAUAUAUAUGCCAGUGGCUGCACUAUUGUCUCUAAAGCUCAUCCCUUUCAAGACUGCAGAUGCAAAGCAAAGAUGUUGGAGAUACAUGGCAGUCCUUAUGGAGUUUGCACUUGCAUCCUUGCCCUCUUUCUGUGGUCUUCAGGUAUCAUUGGUGACCUGCGUUUGACUGAUUAUCUCCAAUCUUCCUGUGCCAAUCAUUUGGGGAUCAAAGACCCUCCAUCCACACCUCAUUCACCCACAGCAGCAUGACAAGUCCAGCAAGUCAAUGUGUGGAAGAUUCUGCAUACAAAUUGACUUCUCACAAUCCAAAGCACUGAGAAACUGUGCUGAAAAAUAAAUGGAAUAUAUUCAAUAACUAUUAAUCUUACUGUGAGUUUUUAUUCUCACUUUGCUAACUUCCAAUAAACUCCAAAUCAAAAAUAUGUUCCCUUGUAUUUUAUGUUACUUUUUGUUUAUAUUUGUCAAAAUUACUGUAAUUGUUACUGUGGUUUAUUAAUGCCUUAAAUUAUUAGUGAUUGUGCAAAGCUAGCAACAUGAUGUGAUGUUAAUUGCUGCAGUGUUUAACAACAGCUGGCACAUAAGUAUGAGAGAGACUUCUCUUGAUAUGACUUCCAUUAUUUGUCCUGACUUUAUAUACUUCGAGUAUAUUGCAAUCCCAUAGAAAUUCCUUGUGAUGUAAUCAUAACAUGUAACACAGUUUAUGCUUCCUGACUGUUAAAGGCAGUAACAUUGUAUUAUUGUUCCAUCUUUUAGGAUUGUCAUUCUUUAUAAGAAAGGUAGGCCAUGUUUAAAAAAAAACUUUUGUCUCUGAGUUGUCUGACGGUUAUCAAACACUUAUCUGUUGGCGUAUGAAGGAGAUUGCAGUUGCUUGUUACUACAACUGUUGGCAGUAAGUGUGUGAAACAUGAGUAAAAUUAUAUGAAUGACUGUAGUAAGUCAAAACAAGGAGCUCACAGCAACUGGGCCAGGCUGUCAAAAACAAAAUGAGAAUUCCAAUCUGGGCCUCGUCACUUCAAGCCUUUAAACAUUUGAAUCAAUUUGAAUUAACGAUUAAAGUGGAAAAACUGGUCAAAAAUUUAAUUAACAGCUGAUUUGAAUGAAAUAACUUUGAAUUAACAGUACACAUACACAUUUUGUAAUUUUCAACACCUUAACUAAAGGAGAGGUUGAGAUGGAAAAUCUUACUGUUUUGUGAAAGGAAACAGUUAUAAAUCUAAGAAAGUAAGCAGAAAAUGUUGGAAAUGCACAGAAAAUAUAAAGAUGGAUGAAUAUUUUAGCUGUUACACCUUUCAUCAAAACAUGGUUAUUGCAACCAUUGACAAGAGACACUUUGGUGGAGGUUAAUCCUCAGUUUCAUGUGAUGCAUUUUGUGAAACGUGCAUUAUUGUAGAGUGUGCGCAUUAUAUUGUGCUUCUGAAAUUCAGCUCUGUUCAUUUUAAUAGAUCUGAAUUUCAGAAGCAGAGUACAUCAAGUGUAUGGGACUACAUUGCACUUUAAGCCCAUGUGAUAGUGGACAAACUUCUGUGCCUUUGUUUUGUUCAAUUUGCCUUUUUUCCCUUGUUAAUCAUACGAAUUAGGUACAGAACACACAUCGCCUUUUAUGCACUGUAAGGAAAAUAGAAUAAACAGAUUAGACCUGAUAGCUGGGCACCGCAAGGACCUGGCACUGCAGAAUGUUUUUGCCAAAGACAAGGUUAAGUUUGUUCGAUGUAAAGGCUAGUUCUGAACUACUGCAAAGCUAAAUAGUGAACUGCAUAUGUUCACCAAAAUUGUUGUGCUUUAUUCUGUGGAAUCCUUUUUAAGCAUUAAUAAAUUUGACUCUAUCAAAACUAAAC